GCAAAUAUUUAUGAAAGGGUGUGUAUCUGAACAUGUUUAAAUCAAAUCGUUACUUUUUCAUAAAAAUUCAUUUGGAAGGUUUUCUUUGAAUUGUUGCUGCCAGCAUGCAAGUCAACACAGUGCCAAAUGUCAUCGCUAUAUUAUCUCCACUUUCUCUUGUUAUUUUGACAACUCUUCUGUUAACAUUAAUAUAUUUCGUCUUCAAAGACAAAGGUCUGCCGCCAGGCUCAGUUGGCCGGCCAUAUUUCGGUUUCUCGCCAUUCAUGAAUAAUACGAAUUGUCAUUUGAAGCUGCACGAGAUAAAGCAAAAGUAUGGAGAAAUAUCGAGUUUCACUUGUACAGGGAAGCUCUACAUCAAUCUUGGAAGCAUCAAAGCAACUCGGGAAGCAUUGAUACACAAGUCUGACUUCUUUGGAGAUAGAGUAACAGAUUGUGGUCUCAUGAGCUAUGUAUUCAUGAAUGGCAUAGCGUUCAUUAUUGGAGAGCAUUGGAAAGUCGCCAGGAAAUUUUUUCCUUCGGCCAUGAAAGAACGGGAUGCAAAUUCAAUUAAAAGUAGAAUAGCUGGUUCCUUGUACGAUUCCAUCAAAUCAACCAUCGAUGAUUUAAAAGCGAAGAAAGGAGAACCUAUAAAUCUGAUUGAACUUUUUACCACUAAGUGUAAUACAAUUCUACGUCUUACUUUAUUUGGUGAGGUAGGUAUUACAGAACAACAGAUUAAAAAGUUCAACGAGUGAUAUGCAAUACAAAUUGAAUGUAUGGCACCAAUGAAUAUCCUUCCAUGAGGAACAUUCGCGAAAUCUGAAUUUCAAUCGUUGUCAUAACAAUGCAAGUUGACAUAAUAUCUAGUAUACUUGGAACAACGCCUUCAACUUUACUUGCUACGGGAUUAGCACUCUUUCUUAUUGCGUAUUUUGCGUUCAAAAGUAAAAAUCUUCCACCAGGUCCUGUAGGUCUACCAUACUUUGGAUACUGGCCCUUCAUUAGAAACAAUGAUUGUCAUUUGCAGCUAGAAAAUUUCAAGAAAAAAUAUGGAGAUAUUUUCAGCUUUACUUGUACAGGAAGAUUAUGCAUCAAUUUGGGAAGUCACAAAGCUGUUCGCGAAGCAUGCAUAACUAAAUCAGAGUUCUUUGGUGAUAGAGCAGCAGGCUAUAAUAUUCUGAAUCGUUUCUUCAAAGAUGGUGUGCUGGGUAUCAAUGGAGAGACAUGGAAAGUUUCCAGAAAAUUCUUCUUAGUACUCUUGAAAGAACGUGGAGCAAAUACUCUCAAAACCAGUUUAGCUGGCCCUUUGUACGAUUCAAUCAAAACUACAAUGAAUGAGUUAAAAGCAAGAAAAGGGGAACCUUUGAACUUGGUAGAGUUCUUGACUCAAGGAUGCUGCACCUUUCUAAGAUUCACAUUGUUUGGUGAAAUAGGAAUUACAGAUGAACAACUCCGGAAAUUCAAUGAAUUGUAUGUUAUAGAAGUAACUGCCCUUUACCCAAAAUCUAUACUUCUAAGCGGGACGUUUGCGAAAUACUUCAUCUUUCCAUUCAUGCCCAAUUUUUUACCUGCCUUAAAAGCUCACCGGGAGAGAGAAAAAUUUGUUCAAGCAAUAAUCGACGAACACAAAACUACCUAUGAUCCAGAAAAUCCCAGAGAUAUCAUAGACGAAUACUUCAAGGAAAGGGACAAACGUCGAAGCAGAGGAGAUCCCACAGCAGAAUAUUUUACUGAUAAAGUGUUAAGGGGUACCCUCAUGCAGAUCAUGGGCGAUGGCGCUCUGGUAGUGGCUUCUUUCACUAGCUUAAUUAUGAAAGGAUUGUUACUAUAUCCAGACGAACAAGAUAAAUUAUACAAUGAAAUCGUGGAAGUGAUUGGCUUAGACAGACAACCAACCAUUGAAGAUAAGAGCAAACUAACCUACUUCAACGCUUAUGUACAAGAAUCUAUGAGAAUGCAAGAAUUCUUUAAUUCUUUCCCUACUCAAGAAUGUAAAAGAGAAACAACUUUAGGAGGUUACAGAAUCCCUAAAGGUGCAAUACUGAUCCAAAACUUUUAUUCAAGCCAUAUUGAUCCAGAAGUCUAUGAAGAACCUGAAAAAUUUAAUCCAUCUCGAUACAUACUGACGGAUGGCAAAAGAAAGGCGGAACCUCCGAUUAUGUUUGGAAUUGGUAAAAGAUCCUGCAUAGGAGAAAGUUUCGUAAUGACACAAGCUUUUCUACUUUUGGCUACUCUAAUACAAAAUUUCCAUCUAAAACUAGCAGGAGAAUCAAAGAUUUCCGUUGAAUCAUUUGUGACCAGCAAGCUAUUAGUCUGUGCCAAACCGAGAGAAAAGCAUUAAAUCAUCUCAUCUUGGCUUGUAAUCAAAUGCUGCCAACAUCGUCAUCAUAAAGUUAACCUUUACACGAAAGAAGAAAAUAGAACUUUUCAUAAAACCGAAAUAAAAAAUAGCUUUCAAAUAGAAAGUUGCAACAAAUAAACAUUCUAGAUUUUAUUGAAAAUACUUUUAGAAUCUCAUCAUUACAAUUAAAUCAUUGUAAAAUUAAGACUAAGCAAAUGAUGACACAUCUUAGAAAUUGAAAAGCAAAAAAUUUCAUUCAGUAGUGGUUUCAUAAAGAUAUUGACUUACAGUUAUAUGCAGCCAUUUCUUUUGGCAACUAAUAAAUAUUCUAAAUUUCGCAAAAAUACUUUUAGAAUCAUCUUCAAGUGUAGCAUAGUCUUUAAACCACUGAUAAGAAGAGGCAGAUGAUAACAUCUGUCUUAUAAGUUGAAAAACCUGGAAGUUCACGCAGUUUCAUAAAUGUAUUAUUUUCAAUUUAUGUAUAGAUGCUUCAUUUGACCGAAUGGCAACUAUUCUUAAUAUUUUAUAAAAAUCGAAUCAUUAUUACUACAUGGCACAAUAAAGUAAUAUUCAUAACACUCUAUUGUAUCAUGUAGUAAUAAUAAUUCAUUAAAUUUCUUUUUUGAUUUUCUGA